AUGAAGUUUAAUAAUCUUGAAGAGGGCCUUGAAUUUUAUAAAAGAUACGCAUUUGCUGCUGGAUUCAACACAAGAAAAUCUACAACUAAAAGGCAAAGAAGAAGCAAAGAAUUGAAGUCACAGUAUAUCUUAUGCAAUAAAGAAGGAUACAAAGAGAAAAGAAAGCCUACUGUUGAAAAAGAUUUAAAUAACAACGAAGGAGAAAGCAAUGAAGAAAAAACUUCAAUCAAAAGGAAGAGACUCGUUACUCGUGUUGGGUGCAAGGUGAAUAUUGGUCCUGUUACAACUUUUCGAAUGAUGAAGGAAAUUGUUGGAGGAUAUGAUAACAUCGGUGCAUCUAAGCAAGAUUUCAAAAAUUUUCAUAGAGAUUUGAAAGCAUACAUUCAAGGAAGUGAUGCUCAAAUGUUCGUGGAUAACUUUACCAACAAAAAGUUAAUGUGGAGCGCUUUUUUCUUUGAUUUUGAGAUGGAUGAUGAUUAUUGCCUUUGUAGAGCAUUAUGGGCUGAUCCCCUUUGUAAAAAGAGUUACGCUCUAUUUGGUGAUAUGGUAUCCUUUGAUACCACAUACCAAACCAAUAGGUACAACAUGGUGUUUACUCCAUUUACAGGGGUUGCCAUCAUAAGAGCUGCAUUACUUUUGCUGCUGGUUUCAUAG